CCUGUUGUGUUCUGUAAGGGGACACAAGUGAGGCGACAUGUGAAGACUUUUGUUUACGGUUGUGUUUGAAAUAAUUAGAGUAAAUUGGACCGAAUAGAAGUGGAGACAUGUCUCUGGUUGUUUCACGCUGCAUCUGUGGGGUUUUAUCCCGACAGACUACCUCGUCACGCUUGCAUUCUGGAUUAUAUAAAGGUGCUGUGCUGAGUCCCUGGUUUUCACCUGCGGUCACGCUGAAGACAUCUGCACCACUCAGAGCGGAGCCAAAAAAGAAGAAGAAAGCAGACCCACGGAGGGAGCAGAUGGUGAGGGAGCGACUGAAGAAGAAGCUGAAGAAACUGGAAAGGGUUCCACCUGAACUCAUCCCCAUAGAGGACUUCAUCACUCCCACCAAGUGUUUGGAUGAAACAAGAGAGCGCAGUCCUCCAAAGCUUUCAUUUGAAGAAAGUGAGAGUCGAGCACUUCUUCUGAAAGAGUGGAGUCGAUACAAACAGAAACAACACAUGGCUGAAGUGGAAGCCAUUGAACUCGCCCUGGAGGCACAGAGGGAGGCGCUGGAGGAGCUUAAAUUGGAAUCCAUCGAGCUUUACCAGGCAGCGCUGAAGCCAGAUCCACUACUGUUUCCUUUCACUCAUAAAGGCCCUGCCUACACGCCUCCAAUCCCAAAUUAUGAGGCUCCAGAUGGAAAGUACAAUGAUGUCACCAAAGUGUACACUCAGUGAAAACCUGUGGCUGCUGCCUGUCUUUGUUUGAUAUUUAAACAUAAUUCAUCAGGCUGGGAUCCUGCCUUUUAAUCCGUCUGCGAAGGCCAUUGGGAUGAAUAUGUUGCUAACUGUUUCCUUACCGUUUAUAUAAACAUAUGGCUCUGGUACAUAAUUACUCAUAAGUUGUUUUUAUUCAGACCUCGAAAAUGUUGAAAAUUAAAGUUUGUUUAUUCAAAU